CUCAAAAAGCUGGUAUAAUUCAAUGGCUUGGAGUGCUUGGAAUGCAGAGCGAGUGGCCUUGUGCAAGCCGCAUGACUCCAGAAGUCUACCAGACUGCAUCUGAAAUAGUGUCUUAAGCCACAGCCAAAUGUGAUAUUAUGUUGUUAUGUACUGUUAUUUUGCUUCCCAACCAAGCAGACCCAACCUUGCAGAGCAAGGCUCAAAGCCUGUUUCCGUGUUUCUUGCACUCCGAGCAACAGAAACAGCAUGGCGUUUGAGAGGCUUCAGGCAGAAGUGACCUGCCCCAUUUGCUUAGACCUUUUCAGAAAUCCCGUGAUCUUGGACUGUGAGCACAGCUUUUGUCGUGCUUGCAUUGAGAAGUCCUGGGCCCCUUUGCCUGCCAGUGGUCUCUGCCCUCUUUGUCAAAAGGCAAUCUGGGGAAAGAAACUCAAACCCAAUAGGCAGCUGGCCAACUUUGUGGAGAUCACCAAGCAGCUUGACACCCAAGUGAAGAAGCAGAAUCCCAAAGCGAGGAAAAUUUGCGGAAAGCACGAGGAGCCCACAAAACUGUUCUGCAAAGACGACCAAGUCCCGAUCUGUGUGGUAUGCGACCGAUCCAAAGGUCAUCGAAACCACAAUGUGGUUCCUGUAGAGGAAGCUGCUCAAGAGUACAAGGAGCUCAUUUCUACGUUCCUGGAAAGGCUAAGAAAGCAGAGAGAAGAGGUUCUACUGCAUAAAUCUAAUGCCGAGAAGGAAAGCCAAGACCUACUUAAAAAAACAGAGGCUGAGAAGCAAAAGACAAAGUUUGAGUUCCAACAGCUGCGCCAAUUCCUGGAUAAGCAAGAGGAGUUUUUGCUAGCCCAGAUGGACUGGGCUUGGAAGGAGAUUGUGAAGAAGAGAGAUGAGGGGGUAGCCAAGUUCUCCCAGGAACUUGCUUCUCUGAAUAGCUUAAUCCAAGAGAUGAAGGAGAAGUUUCACCUGCCAGAUGAUGAACUUCUGCAUGAUGUCAAAGGCAUUUUGCAGAGGAGUAAGAAAGGAAAGUUUGAAAAUCUUUUGGUUUUCCCAUCCUCACUGAAAUGGAAAGUUUGGGAAUUCUCAGAUAUCAAUCCUGCUCUGCAGAAGUUCUUGAAGAAAUUCCGAGUCGCCCUGGCAUCUGCAUAUUCAGUGAGAAAAGCAAAUGUGACCCUGGAUACCAUCACCACCAAUUCUCAGCUCACUCUAUCUGAGGACCAGAAAGGUUUGACACUGAGUGAUGGGCCACGGACUCAGACCGCAGGGUCUCUGCAAUUCCAUCAUCAGCAGUGCGUGCUGGGACAUAAAUCGUUACACUCUGGCAGAAGCUACUGGGACGUUGAUGUGGAGAAGGAGGGCGCAUGGGCUGUGGGUGUGUCGGAAUAUAAUGUGGAACUGGAGAAAGAUAUCCAGCCUGGUCCGAAAGCUGGAAUUUGGGCCAUUGGGAGGUGGGAGGGUCAGUACCGGGCCGUUGUCCCCCCAGAUUACCCUCCUCUGUCUCUGAACAGGGAACCCCAAAGGAUCCGGGUGUAUCUGAACUACAGCGCUCGGGAGCUGGCGUUUUUUGAUGCCAAUACAGCAGCUUUGCUCUGUACUUUCACGCUAACCGAGUCAUAUUUUGCGAGAUUCUAUCCCUUCUUUUGGAUAUGGAAGAAUUCACACCUAAGGCUCUGUAAAUGAGGUCGUAACUAAUUCUGUUUAUCUUGCCUACUUGCUGAGCAACCAGCCUUAUGCCCACUUUCUCUUCAUCAUCCCCCUCAGACGUUGGUGUGUUUUGGAGGUAGAUUCCUCCCUGGGAAGAAUCCAGCAAGCCAGAUAAUGUCAGAAGGGGUGGGGCCCUAUCCUGAUACCUCUUUCCAACAUUCAUUGGCACUUCACCCUUGAUGAGAGAGGCAUCGUGUCCUGGAUCCUCUGUGGGACCAGACUGGAAUCUCCCAUAGGCUAGAGUAGACCUCAGAGCCAGAGGUAACCUUCCUCUGGCACAGCUCAACCUUGAAUAGGACUUGUAAAACUUUAUGUUUCACUAUAAAGAAAUUCUUAUUUUCCUUGCUGAGUGGUCUCCUAAGAGUACAUCCUCUAGUGAAGAGGUGACUGUGAUCUAAUACUCCAGAUGUUAGACUAUAACUCCUGUCCUCUCUCACCAUUGUCUUUACUGCCUAAGGAUGAUUAGAGGUGUAGUGCAAAGACUCCUUGCCCCUUUCCUCCCUCACAGUGUGUCAUGAAAAACCAAGGAGGGGGGAAGAGAAGCCACUUCUGAUGGUGUUUCUCCCAGGACCUGAAGAUAUUCUUGUCCACACUGUGAUAAAACAGGCAGAACUUGUCUGCUGCCUACUUUCGUCCUGACUAGGCUGGAAGGACUGUCCUUUCCGUGUGUACUUUCGAUUGAUGCCAGCUUGUUGCACAGCCUGGGAAAGCUAGUUUUUGGACUGUAGCUCCCAGAAUCCCAACUCGAAAUGUAAAUUUUCACAGCUCUGGCAUGCUGGGAGAUGUUACACUGAAGACGUUUUUAAACAAAUUGUUUUUCUGUGGCUGCUUUGUGCCUUCACAUUCAUAGAUACUGUUCUAUAUAUGUUACAGGCUCCC